CGGGAUCAGCGAUCGCAGAACUCUCGAACUCUCGCACUUCAAGUCAAGAAUCGAUCCGUAAACUCCGCCAGAUGAGCAUUUCCGGCAAACUACUGCGUGCCAAAACAACCCCACAUAGGCUACUCAACUCCCAGUUUGUUUUCUUUGCUUGCUUUCAACGCCACGCAUCGACUGGAGAGCCAAAAGAGACACGCCUUGAGAGCAUUACAUUUCUACAUUGUUUGAUAUGUACAAGCUCCAUUACAAAUGGAGGCUGCUCGCAUCAGAAUAACAACAUCAGGAAAAACUGGCCUAACUGGCAACAACUAACUUAAACAUUUCAUCUGAUCUACACAAACCCUCCUAUAAUGUUAUAUAAUAAAUCCUGCGGGGCGUACAAUCAGCCGGUCUCCUUCUUUUACAAAGAAAUUGGGAAGCCCAUUACCACAAACUGGCGUCCACAAGACUUCGUGGUGGUCGGACUCGGCGUCCCGAUUUGUAUCUUGAUUGUUCUGGCUAACAUGUUGGUUAUAACCGCCAUAAUCAUCAACCGGCAUUUCCACUAUCCCAUCUAUUACUUACUGGGAAACAUGGCGGCCGCUGACCUCUUUGCAGGCAUCUCUUAUCUCUACCUGGUGUUCCACACCGGUCCAUGGACCAUCAAUCUGACGGUGAACGAGUGGUUUAUCCGUGGAGCUUUGAUUAACAUGAGCCUGACCGCCUCGGUGGUCAACCUCCUGGCCGUGGCCGUGGAGCGCCAUCAGACCAUCUUUACCAUGCAGCUCCACAGCACCAUGACCAAGUGGCGUGUGGUGAUGCUGAUCGUGAUCAUCUGGUUGAUGGCCAUCAUCAUAGGCCUGGUGCCCACUAUGGGCUGGAACUGCGUUUGCGAUCUGAGCACCUGCUGCACGGUUGCACCCCUGUACUCUCGCAGCUUCCUGGUGUCCUGGGCCGUGCUCAACCUGGUGGCCUUCUUCAUCAUGGUGGCCGUGUACACUCGCAUCUUCAUCUACGUGCGUCGCAAGAGCCAAAUGAUGUCACCUCAUACCGAUCAGCCUGUGCACAAUCAGACUGUUAUCAGCCUUAUGAAGACCAUGUCCAUGAUUUUGGGGGCCUUUGUGAUCUGUUGGACGCCAGGUUUGGUGAUUUUGUUACUGGAUGGUCUGAAUUGUAGUAAAUGCGAGGUACUUAAAUAUGAAAAGUACUGCUUGGUUUUGGCGGAGUGCAACUCUUUGGUGAACCCCAUCAUCUAUUCGUUUCGGGACACGGACAUGAGGACCACCUACAAACGCAUUCUGUGCUUCCCUUGGAGAGGAAUGCCCCAGCGUGAGAGGCCUUCAAGCAUCCGCUUUGAGUCUGUAAAAACAGGGGCACCCCCGGAGAAAAACGGCAAUAACUCUCCGUGUUCAGAACUUGUUACUUCACAAACCCUAUUUUCUCAAUAGGGAGAGCAUUUCUGUGUAAAUACCUUACUUUGUAUCUGAUCGGUUAAAUGAUCACAGCGUGUACAAAGAGUAAAUACUUCAUUUUUGAUAGCUU